CAGGGUUUCCGCUUCCGUCUUCUCCCUCCUCCCGCUUGAUAUCCGUCGCCACCACAGCGGCCGCUGCCGGGCGCGGAGUUGGCUGGUCGGUUGGUGUGUCUCUCAACGUCGGUGACCGUGCUGUUGAACUGCCCUCCAUGGCUGAGUUAGAUCCGUUCGGCGCCCACGCUAGCGGCCCCGCGCUGGGGAACGGAGUGGCCGGCGAAGAGGACCCUGCCGCGGCCUUUUUGGCGCAGCAGGAGAGCGAGAUUGCGGGCAUAGAGAACGACGAGGCCUUCGCUAUCCUGGACGGCGGCGCCCAUGGGCCCCAGCCGCACGGCGAGCCGCCGGGGGGUCCGGGGGUUAAGAUUCUGUGCUGUCCUAGACUGCUUGAAUGUGAGUUUAGCUUUGUGGUCUCAGACAACUUACAUAACCAUCGCUGCCACUGCCCUGCCUCAGUUUUCUUCUCUGUAAAAGGUGCGGAUACUCACCACACAGGAUUGCUAGGAUUAUAUUGGAGAGCACCCAUAAAGUGCUUACACACAGAACCUGAUGCUGUUGAAGGAAUCAUGAAUGGCGAAUACUACCAGGAGAGUAAUGGGCCAACAGACAGUUAUGCAGCUAUUUCACAAGUGGAUCGAUUGCAGUCAGAGCCUGAAAGUAUCCGUAAAUGGAGAGAAGAGCAAACGGAACGCUUGGAAGCCCUUGAUGCCAAUUCUCGGAAGCAGGAAGCAGAGUGGAAAGAAAAAGCAAUAAAGGAGCUGGAUGAGUGGUAUGCGAGGCAGGACGAGCAGCUACAGAAGACGAAAGCGAAUAACAGGGUGGCAGAUGAAGCUUUCUACAAACAACCCUUCGCUGACGUGAUUGGUUAUGUCACAAACAUAAACCAUCCUUGCUACAGCCUAGAACAGGCAGCAGAAGAAGCCUUUGUAAAUGACAUUGAAGAGUCGUCCCCAGGCACUGAGUGGGAGCGGGUGGCCCGGCUGUGUGACUUUAACCCCAAGUCCAGCAAGCAGGCCAAAGAUGUCUCCCGCAUGCGUUCUGUCCUCAUCUCCCUCAAGCAGGCCCCCCUGGUGCACUGAAGAGCCGCCCUGUGGAAACACUACAUCUGCAAUAUCUUAAUCCUACUCAGUGAAGCUCUUCACGGUAAUUGGAUUAAUUAUGUUGAGUUCUUUUGGACCAAACCUUUUGUCUUUAGAGUUGAUCAUUGUUUGUGAUUGCAUGUUUCCUUCAACUGUGUUGUCCCUGGCAUUCAAAGAGGAGGGGAGGUGGCGGAGGAAGGGAGGGGAAGCCUCCCAAUGGCAGCCUCAACCUAUGCUUUCGUGCGUUACUCUGAGAAUAAAUUUCUGUUUCAGACAAUAAACAAA